AUGGAAACUGCUCAAAACGGCCAGAAAAAUUAUGAAGAAACUGGGAAAGAUGUUGCAGAAACUGGGGAAGAUGCUGCAGAACCUGGGGAAGAUGUUGCAGAAACUGGGGAAGAUGCUGCAGAAACUGGGGAAGAUGUUGCAGAAACUGGGGAAGAUGCUGCAGAAACUGGGGAAGAUGCUGCAGAACCUGGGGAAGAUGCUGCAGAAACUGGGGAAGAUGCUGCAGAAACUGGGGAAGAUGCUGCAGAAACUGGGGAAGAUGCUGCAGAACCUGGGGAAGAUGCUGCAGAAACUGGGGAAGAUGCUGCAGAACCUGGGGAAGAUGCUGCAGAAACUGGGGAAGAUGCUGCAGAAACUGGGGAAGAUGCUGCAGAAACUGGGGAAGAUGCUGCAGAAACUGGGGAAGAUGCUGCAGAAACUGGGGAAGAUGCUGCAGAAACUGGGGAAGAUGCUGCAGAAACUGGGGAAGAUGCUGCAGAAACUGGGGAAGAUGCUGCAGAAACUGGGGAAGAUGCUGCAGAAACUGGGGAAGAUGCUGCAGAACCUGGGGAAGAUGCUGCAGAAACUGGGGAAGAUGCUGCAGAAACUGGGGAAGAUGCUGCAGGCAGCUGGAGAAAUGCAAAAUGGAAAAAUAGAUGA